UUGUACACAGUACAUCGCUUAUACACCAUCAUGUCACCUUUUCAAGAUUACAAAUCUCACAUUUAGGGAGACUUACUUAUAAAUAUCUUUUGAGUGUCUGAUAGUGUAAAAAAUUCUUUACCCAACCAAUAUAAAACUUAAUUAGAGUGCGUCUAGAAGAUGUUAAUAGGAUUAUUACCGAGAGUCCGGGGAUUAUUUAAAAUCACUACCUCACCGUCACAUUCUGGUUAUCAGAAUUCCACUAUUGGCAAUUUAAACCACAUUCUAGUAUUUUUUUUUUUGUUCCCUAUAUUUUGCAUAGAACACACCGCAGUUAUUCUUUCAAAAUGCAGCUUUCUUAAUGUUCAAAACUUAAUUAACUUCUGCUUGAGCUGCAAGCACAAUUCAGAACCAUCGUACGCCAUACUAAACUUAAAAGUGCGCCACAUUGUGGAGUACAAAUGAAGUCUUAAUUGGAAAUGCAAUGUGCACAUAUGAACCCAUUGAAGCCAAUUACAUAAACUCUUUGACAAGGCAAAAUACCAGCCUUUUCCUUUUUACUUGCCUAUCCCACAAGAUAUCGCCUUCAAUCUUAACUUUUCUUUUUUGUCUAUUAUUUCACGUGUUUAUAUCACAAUUCCUCAGUUAGGAGUCAACAUUCAAAAACUUCGAAAACAAACCAUCUGACAUUAGUUAUAACCCUUCAAUCAAGAAUCAAAGUUUUUGGAGUAAAGCCGACGAAAAUGGAAAUGGAAUUGGGACUCAAACUAACAAGAGCUGCGGAUGAAUUUUCCUCUACUGAAUUCCAAUUUGCAAAAGAUCGAGCAGGCUCUCUUUUCCAAUCUACAGAAACGGACACUAUGUUCAUCCUUAGUGUCCAUUUGAAAGGUUAUACAAAAAAAAACAUAAAGAUUGAUAUAAAUGAGGAAGGGACAAUAAUCGCGAUAAGGGGUGAGAAGCUGGUUCAAGAGACUGUGAUGGUAGGGUGGAAAUUGGUCAAGAAAGAUGUAGAAAUUAGAAAAUUUAGUAAGGCUUUCAAGAUUCCAGAUGGGGUGAUCUUGGAUAAAAUCAAGGCUAGAUAUGAUGAGGAAAAGUCUAUAUUGACAAUUGAAAUGCCAAAGAAAGUGAAAGGAAUUCUUGGAAUUGAGUUUGUAGAAGUGGAGGAGGAUGAGCUUAUUACUAGACAAGGCACCUCUGAAGAUUUGUCAAUAGUAGCUGAUAAGAUUCCUAAAAAGGUCACAUUUAAAGAUGAUAUGGAUAAACCAACAUCCUCAGCUGAUUCAGAGUCUACUAAAAAAGAAGAAGAAAACCAAGAAAAGGAGAAGAAAGAAAUUGAGGAAAAAAUUGAUUUGGCAUCUAGUAUCCGAAAACCACGUGAAGAAGUUGAAAAACAUGUUGUCAAGGAUGAAGUUACUAAAAUGGAGAAGGAACUAAUGCCAAAAAUAGAGUCAAACAUCAAGGGCAACGAUACGAUUCAAGAAAUAAGAGAGCCUCAGAGCAAUCAAUUAGGUGGUGAUAAAACUGAAUCUACAAGUUCAAGGGAUGAGCCUAAAGAUGAUCAAGAUAGUGAAAGAGCAAAUGGAAUUUUAGAAAAGGAAGAAGAUGGUGAAAUAUCAAGGAAAAGGGAAGGAGACAAUGUGCCUAAGAAAAGCUCCAAAAUUUGUGUGCCAAUUGUUGCAGGCUCGGCCUUAAUAUUAUCUCUUGUUGUGUUUGUAAUUCAUUUGAUUAGAACUAAGAAUCAAUCUGGGAAAAGAAAAGGUUAGAGCAAACUAUAAUUCUUGAGUGUUGUUAUUUCCUAAAGCAUUUUUUUUCGUUUCCCUUUCUUUCAUUUGAUUGUAAAAAGAGGGUGUGAUGAUCAAGGCUCAAUUUAUUGUA